AUGCCUAGCAUCGCUCGAUUCCGCACGCUAUGGGGUAUCUCCCCUGGCGACAACUUCGCCAACUGGGUCGCUCUAUUCCCAGAUCUCAAGGCCAAGGGCUACACCGGAGUCGAGAUUGACUACAGAGACAUUCCCGCCGAGCAACUACCCGAACUGAGACGCAUCCUCGAUCAAUUUGAUUUUCAGCUUGUCGCACAAAUCAUGUCCUCAUGGCCCGGAUACAUAGGUCCCAGGCCACCAGGGCUGACGCCAAAAGACCACCUCGAGCACUAUCGCAAGCAACUCGAACGUGCCCAAGUCCUCAAGCCCGUGAAAGUGAACGCACAGUCUGGAAGCGACAUCUGGACUCUCGACCAGUCCGUCGAGUUCUACCAAGGCACAUUCAAGAUCGACGAGGAACUGGGGUUUGCGGGGCGAGUGACACACGAGACACACCGAAACCGAUCCAUGUUCAACCCGUACGCGGCAAGGUACAUCCUGGAAAGAGUGCCGAACCUUCGCAUAACCGCCGACAUCUCGCACUGGGUCGUCGUCUCGGAGCGUCUGUUGGACGAGUCCGUAGAAGACCAGGAGGUCCUCGAAAAGGUCAUCCCGCAUAUCUACCACGUCCACGCCCGCAUCGGCACAACACAGGCCUCGCAGUGCGCCGACCCUUCAGACCCAGUCUAUAAGCCCGAGAGGGAGUUCUUUGAGCGGUUCUGGACAAAGGUCAUUCAACACAGCGCGACUCGCGGCGCCGAUUAUCAGAUCUCGUUUACGCCUGAAUACGGACCGUACCCGUACCACCCCUAUCACAGCCCGAGAGUGUAUACUGAAGUCGCCGAUACUGAGGGUCUUCGCCUAGAGGGACUCUUCUUGGCGGCCUUGUAG